AUGACUCUGGAACAACCACCUUCAGCUCACGCCACAACCUCCUUCAUUCCAAGUAUGAAGCUUCUUCAACUGCUCAUUUCUUGUACGGCUGCUCUCGCCGCUGCAGCCCCUUCGCUUCACGACCUGCCUGCUACAUCUCUGCAGGUCCGCAACUCCGGAAACGCGGUUGCAGACAGCCAUGGCUCUUCUCUGGUUCGUCUGCUGUCACGCGAUUCUACCGAGGCCUACGAAGAGGCAGCACGAGCUGCAGGCGGGUCUCUAAGUUCCGGAACAUACUACUAUUUCAUGAACUGCGCUCUUGGGCCGGCUCAGUCCUCGGUACCUCUCGUGCAGUGGGCGAACUCGGCACACGGCUGCAGUCAUGUUGGCCUUGUCGUUGGCAAAACGGCUAGGUUUGGAGUCAAGAAGUUCAAGGCAGUCUAUAUCCACAUCAGACUGUGGGAUACUGGUUUCUAUCAGUCUCAGCGCGACUACACUCCAUAUGAGGAUCAGAAGCUCGUCUAUGGUGGCACAACGACUUCAUCCAAAGCUGAUCUUAACAGGCUAGUGGAUGCAGGUAAUGCAUGGCUCGAAGAUGCUGGAUACGAGCUUACAGAGGAGCAUAACUGUGUAGCCCAUUACCAGUAUCUUGCAAGCCUCCUCUAG